GUCUGAUGAUUUUGUUCAGUCAGGAAGCGACUCAGGCAAUGCGGAAGAUAAAUCUUGUGCAUGUGUGUGACUUCGUGCGUCUGCGCGCGCGUGGGUAGGGUAAACCGCGUAUACGCAGAGCCAUGCCACCAGCACAGAGGGGUUCCCCUUCGACAGCAGUGCGCACAGAGGUGAGCGGAUGACGGAGGCUUUUAGGAGAAAACUCCAACAACAACAACAAAAACCAGAGGGAGGGAAUCGAACUACUGCUUCUCAACCAUCAACACAGUAAAAUGACCAGAUUUGGAGCGCGCAUGUGAACCUCCCCGUCGUGCGCCCUCACGACGGAUUCCGCGACCCAAUGCCCAAAGAGUGCAGGAGAAAGACUUCUAAGGACCUCGGGCUUUCUGGCAUUAACGAAGGGUCCCGUUCCGAGCGAAGAUCAGCCCAGAAGUCCUCAUCCCAGAUCUGCAAUGAGCGCAUUCACCAAACCCCUUCCCCUGAAAGCGCACCGCCGACCCUGAUGGAGACGCGCAGGGUACCACAGGUCACCAUCACCCCGGAGGGAGGCGGCACGUCCAGGGAGAUGCAGCAGGAGGACUGGGAUGAUGCCGUGGAUGGAACCCUGCGCAGGAAACUGUCCAACUCCUCCAUCUCAUCCACGGGCUCCUCCGCAGUGGAGUCCGAGGAUGAUCUUCUCAGUGACAACGAGAGCAAAAGCAAAGGCAUCGUCACUUUGGAGCAUCUGGUGGACCCUGGAGAGCCCAAACCGUGGUGGAAGUUGAAGACUAUUGUCCACUGGCCUUUCAGUGCAACACAGAGGAGGAAGCUAAACUGGGUUCAACUGGCCGGGCAUAAAGGUAACUUCAAAGCAGCCGACGAGGGCACCAUUCUGAAGAAGUUCUCUGAAAAUGAGAUGCAGUGUUUUGAGAAACUCAGAGGUGACGCUCUGCUUCCAUUUGUGCCCGCUUAUCACGGCGUUGUUGAAAAAGAUGGAGAAUCUUUCCUACAUAUGGCAGACCUCUUAGCAAACUUUGACCUUCCCAACGUCAUGGACUGUAAAAUGGGCGUGAGAACAUAUCUAGAGGAGGAGCUGGUUCGUGCCCGGGAGCGACCCAAGCCGAGGGAGGACCUGUACAGGAAGAUGGUAGAGGUGGACAGCGAAGGGCCCACCCCCCAGGAACAUUCACAACGGGGGGUCACCAAGCCUCGAUACAUGCAGUGGAGGGAGACCAUGAGCUCCACCAACACACUGGGCUUCAGGAUAGAGGGCAUCAAGAAAUGUGAUGGUACGUGCCGAACUGACUUCAAGAAAACACGAUCGAAGCAGGAUGUCAUCCAGGUGUUCAGCGACUUUGUUGGUGGGAAUGUCAACAUCUUGAAGUCCUACUUGAACAGACUGGCAGAGGUCCGACAGGCCCUGAAGAUGUCAGAGUUCUUCAAGCGACAUGAGGUGAUUGGCAGCUCCCUCCUCUUCAUCCACGACCGCACAGGCAACGCUCAGGUCUGGAUUAUUGACUUUGGUAAGACAACAGCGUUACCAGAAGGUCAGAUGUUACAUCACGACAUUCCCUGGCAGGAGGGAAACCGGGAGGACGGUUACCUGUGGGGACUGGAAAACCUGAUCCAUACGCUGGAGUCUGUCAACGUUCAGGAGACUGAAGAGGAAACCUGCUGCUCGAGUACCAAAGAAAACACCCAGAUGACUUAAACAGAUGGAAGAGAACAGCUCAAACUAUUAUAAAGGACACCACAAGAAGGCCUUUUAGGGAGGCUGUGAAUGUUUAUCAGUAAAGUCCGUAAGAGUGUUCUGACAUGAGCUUUAAAAAUGUAUAAAUAAUGAGCAGAUUCUGUGUGAAAGAAAGCAUCAUAUUUAGUUCUAAAAUCUUUGUACUGACACUGACAAAAAAACACAACAGACACUGAAAGAGAGAGAGAGGAGCCAGAAAACGUGUUACUAAACAAUAGAGAAAAAAAAAAAGAACUGACACUAAUUCAACUUCCUUCAAAAGGAGCAGAAGUGAAAGUGUGUGGAUUCUGUUUUUCAGUUUGCGAUGGAUGGCAUUUUACAUGUGAAGGAAAAGCUCGUGAAAUCAUCAAACUGAAAGAUGGAAAAGUGAGCAGUUACACAAGUAUCAAAAUGAGUCAUAUUUCAUACCAUGUUCAGCCUUGAUUUUACACUCCUGAAUGUAAUAUUGAAGGUUUGUGUUCAGUACAGACCAGGUCACAUGACUACGGCAGUACUGCAUCAGACUUAGAGCUUAUUAUCCAUGUCACUAUUAUCACACUGGUUCCUUGUAUGUCAUUCCUUUAAUUUUUCCUGUAAUCAAACUUGUUAUUCUGAUUAUUUUAAUGCUCUUGGAUAACUGAUGACAAUGUAUUAUGGACACUUCAGGUCAAAUAAAAAAGUUUUCCACCUGGAGGAGGGGGUAAAAUUUAGA